UAAUAAUCAAACUACAAUUAAAAAUCCAUUAUUAACAAAUGUUGAACUCGUAGAAAAACCCGGAAGUGCCGCUAUCAGUUUAGGUAAACCAUCGACAUCGACAUCCUGUGAAAUAACAAAUAACAUAGAAACUGAUGAUACAAUAGAAGUAAAUGAAGAUACAGAUGAUAACAUGCUCAACGCUAAUGAUCUUUUGUUAUUUAAGUCAUUACCAGAAUUUGGUAAUAAUUCGAUGGGUGGUGCCAUUGAAAAUACGUUGGGAAUGACAGUCACAUCUGGGAGUGUAGUUAUAAAAAAAGAUGGAACAAAUUUAAUUGGAAUCAGUAUAGGGGGUGGCGCACCCUUAUGCCCUUGUCUUUAUAUUGUCCAAGUAUUUGAUAACACGCCUGCAGCUAAAGAUGGAACAUUACAAGCGGGUGAUGAGCUUAUAGGAAUAAAUGGUCAAUCGGUCAAAGGAAAAACUAAAGUUGAAGUUGCAAAAAUGAUUCAGGCAGCUAAGGACGAAGUACAUAUUAAUUAUAAUAAACUCCAUGCGGAUCCAAAACAGGGAAAAUCAUUAGAUAUAGUAUUAAAAAAAGUAAAACAUCGCCUCGUAGAAAAUAUGUCAACUGCUACAGCUGAUGCCUUAGGACUUUCUAGAGCAAUUCUAUGUAAUGAUACAUUAGUUAAAAAAUUAGAAGAAUUACAAAAUACUGAAAUUAUGUAUAAGGGAUUAGUUGAACAAGUAAAACGUAUGCUUCAAGCUUACGCGGAUACAUUACAAUGCUAUAAAAAUUUUGGUGAUGUAUUUGCUAGUAUUGGUGUAAAAGAACCACAACCUAGAGCAAGUGAGGCAUUUAGAAAAUUCGGUGAACAACACAGACAAAUGGAUAAAGAUGGUCAGAAAAUGUUACAAGCUGUUAAACCUGUUUUAUCUGAUAUGGGAACUUAUUUAAACAAAGCUAUACCUGAUACACGAUUAACGAUAAAAAAGUAUGCAGAUGCAAAAUUCGAAUAUUUAUCAUAUUGCCUCAAAGUUAAAGAAAUGGAUGAUGAAGAACAUAAUUAUGCAGCUUUACAAGAACCAUUAUAUCGAGUAGAUACAGGAAAUUAUGAAUAUCGUCUAAUAUUACGAUGUAGACAAGAAGCUAGAUUAAAAUUCGCUCAAUUACGUUCGGAUGUAUUAGUUAAAAUGGAAUUAUUAGAUAAUAAGCAUGCUGAAGUUGUAUCCCAACAUUUACGUCGACUAUUGACGGGUCUUCAACAAUUACAUAGUGACAUGUUAGAAACUGUUAAUGGUCCAAAACUGUUUCCGGUAGAAGUUGAUUUAAAUCCAAAUGCAUUUCAAUAUAAGAGUACAACACCAUUUGUUCCUGAAACAACUGACGACGAUGAAUUAAUCGAAGCUGAAGAAGCAAAAGAAGAAAACUCAAAUCUACUAGAUAAUGCAAAAGAUUUAAAAUCUAUGGGAAAUAUUAAAAAAAGUGACGACAAUCCAAAUUCAUUAUUAUUGGAUAUGGAACCAUCGACUAGUAACAAUUCAAUACUAAACUCACCCACAUCUAGUACACAUUUAAUUCCCGAUUUAUUUGAUUUUGAUAUGGACAAAAAAUCAAAUAACAAAUCUCAAAAUGUACAGACAACAUCCACACCAACAUCGUCGAAUGGCUCAGUACCCACUCAAAAGACCAAAUCAACAAAGAAUGGUACAAUAGAAUCGUCAAAUAAAAUAGCAAACGACAAUAGUCAAAGUUUAUUAAUUCCUGAUUUAGAAACCUUAAGCAUUAGUCAAGUGGAACCUGAUUAUGAUAGUAUGGAUAAUGCUACGUUACUUGCAGGUUUAAGUUUAAACCCUUCCACAAAUUCGAGCCAUAAUUUAAUAUCUACUUUGGAUAAUUAAAAAUGCAUUUAUUUUUAAUUUUAAUUAUAGUAUAAUAUGCCAAAUCCAAAGAUACCUCGCACAUAAAAGAUUUUAUCCUAAAUGCUAAAACUUCUUUUAUAGAGAAUAGAUGUAAGUAUAUUUUAAGAAAUGCAACCAUAUACACUUUAAUCACUUAAACGAAG